AUGGGCCGGCCCCCAACUCUGGACGCACAGUGGUUUGUGGUUCCCAGUACGAAGGUCCGACGGUCCCGCAUCCUGCCUGACGCUGACAACAGGUCCGACGGUCCCGCAUUUGUUAACCAUUUUCAUCAGUCAAAUCUUGAAUCGUACAAGCCCGCUGCUCCAAUCAGUCCAUCAUUGCAGGCUCGCGGACAUACACUUGGCCCCUUUGCGCAACUUGCUUUCUGCUUCCAGCCAACGAUAUUGCUUUGA